AAGUAAUGAUAUGCCAACGCCCGAAAAGCACAUAUUGCUCGAUCAAAACAAGCUAUGAAUAGAAAUAUCUGCAAAAUAUCAAUUAUGGAUAUUACAUAAAGUUUUUUUUUAAUGAAAAGAUAAUUUUCGAGGAUCGUGUGCUGCAAGAUUGUUUGGAGUAAAAAUUCAAAUUCAAAAGUGCUUUGUUUUUCGGGACAUUUCGUUGAGGAGAAUUUUGAUAUAUCAGCCAUGUGUUCUGACCUAAAUCGUCUCGACGUUUGUCACGGUUACGCAAAGUUUACACGGAUGAAUGGGUGACUAUUUUUACACCACGAGAAAAUUAGCUAUAUAGAUAGCGUUGUCUUUUCCAAAACCAUAUGACACGGAGGUGCAUCAGGUAGUAGAGAUAAAUAACUCGUAAUAGCCGACAGAAAUACUGGGUUAGUACAUAGUAUCUCUUAUUAGUAACGCAAGAACAUUCCACGUUGAGUCGUGUACAGAGAACCCCUCAAUAAAUAUAUCAAAAUAUCCUAAUUAGUUUACCAGUCUCACUGUAGUGUAUGUUGUAUAAAAAAAUUAUCUAAACAUGUUCAAAGUCAUUGCUAUUUGCUUUGGACUGCUUUUAUCCAUAUCGUGGGUAAAUCGAGGGAAUGCACUGUCAGACGCCGAAAUUUCUGCUUUCGUGUCAAAGACCUACAUUGAGACAAACACUGGUGUGCAGGGAACCGUAUCUAUUACAACGCCUUCGUCCGAUCCAAGUGUUUUGGAAUUAUCAAGCAACGGAGUGCCAGAUCACGCAACAGGCACUUUUCCAAGUUCCAGUAAUCCGAACAGUUUAGAAGUUCAAUCAUACAACUGGAAAAUACCCAAGAAUCCAACUUAUGGAACCACAACCACUUGUUUGCCACAAGGACCGAUAGCGAUGGCGGUCAAUGGCGUUCCAAUGUUUAAUCCUUACAGCAUUGGAUGUUGCGACACAGGGGUGGAAGAAUUGGAUUUGUUUGAUGUAUGUUUCGGACAUCCCGCUCCUGCUCCAGCAGGUGCUUACCACUAUCAUCUUAAUCCAACCUGCCUUUUUGAACUCAAAUGCAAUGAACCAUCGACCAUCAUAGGUGUGGCUUUUGAUGGAUUUCCGAUUUACGGUCCAAAUGAUGCGGAUGGUACGUUGCUAACCACAGCCGACCUUGACGAAUGUAAUGGAAAAGUGACCAAUGGAGAAUAUAGAUAUCAUAUAACAAAUGAUUUUCCAUAUAUCAUGGGAUGUUACAACGGGACGGUACGAAGUGAUGCCGGAAUACAAAUAAGUACCAACUGUCAAUGCACUGAAGUCGCUAAUCCUUGCACAGAAUUUGGUGGCAGGCGAAGAAAAAAGAGGGCAGUUACGGAUAUUUCGUUUCAAUGUUGCGUAGAUAACGUAAACUGCACAACGUCUGAAGUCACAACUGGCGAUUCAAACAUUGUUUCUUCAGCAUCAGUUACAUUGGUGUCCUCAACAUCAGCAUCAACAACAAGUUCUGCAAUUUUAUUCCGUAGUUAUUUUUUCUUGAUUAUCUCCUUAUCAUUUAUUUCAUUUAAAUUUCAGUUGUGAAAGAAACAACUCGAAUUCACUGUUAGAAAGAUGCAAUUUUUUCUAUUGACUGCGAUUGUAUUUCAAGUUACAAUGCAUGAAGAAAUAUUCCGUGCCGUGCAUUUUUAACUCUCAGGGUUUAUAAAAAUUUUAUUGGUGAAAAAAGGAGCAUUAUUUUUUCUUCAUUUUUGCAGCAUAUCACUUAUAUAUGUUCAUUGAAUCAUUUAAAAUAAUUCCUAACUAUCACGAUAAGCUAUUACAAUUGAAAGUAGAGUAAUAUGAUUGAAUGUGAUGGAAUUUGAACCACGAACAAACCUAAGAUUUGGUGUUUAUGAUGUCAUGAAUAAGUUGACGGAAACUACUGACAAGUGAUGAAUAUAUAUGUUCCUUCGGCAAAUAAAAAUUAAUAAUAUUUUUAUGCAUAGAUACAGGAAACAAUAUGAAUUAAAUAUAAUAAAGAUUAUUGAC